CGGGGUUGGCGGAGAGCGCGCGGCUGUUGGCAGAUAGAAACCACCGGUCUCGUGCUCCGGUGUCUCCGGUAACCCGGUGUUAAUGUUACCGCGAGGACCGGAGGCACGAGAGCCAUUUUGUAGCUAGAGCAGCAGGCCUGUCCGCCAUUUAAAACAGACUCAAAAACACCUUCUCCUUCCUAAAGCCUAACAGUUAACCAGCUGCUGUACACACACUAACCACAGCUAGUGAAUCACAGCUAGUUAACCACAGCUAGUUAACCACAGCUAGUUUAACACAUACAUCUGCCUCAGGGUUCUGUGGUUAACUAGCUAUUAGCAUGUUAGCUCCACAGGCUAACGGUUAAACUGCGGAUCUGAUGCUAAACUAAAGGUAUGCUGGAUGCUAACAGAUGCUAGCAGCUAGCUAUUAAAGCUGCGAGAAGCGUGUGCACGCUGUGUGAGAGGUACAUGCACUCUUCACGUUUCCUUCAUGGUUCUGUGACUGGUUCUAUGAGGUCCAGAACCAGUCACAGAACCAUAGAUGCUUCAGUAUGACCUCUUCCAGCUGUUGGUCUGAAGAAUACUCCCAGUACAUGACCCAGUUCUCAGAUGGCAGAGACAGUGAAAUAUGUGGACGAUGAUCACCGCAGUAUCUUCCUGAAGCUCCUGAACGACCAGCGUCUGGAGGGCGAACACUGCGACAUCGCUGUGGUCGUGGAGGACGUGAAGUUCAGAGCUCACCGCUGUGUCCUGGCUGCCUGCUCACACUACUUCAAGAAGCUGUUCAAGAAGCACGAGGUGGACAACUCCUCCGUCAUAGAGAUCGACUUCAUCCGCUCAGAUAUCUUCGAGGAGGUUCUGAACUACAUGUACACGGCCAAGAUCUCCGUGAAGAAGAGGGACGUGAACCUGAUGAUGUCAUCGGGACAGAUCCUCGGGAUCCGCUUCCUGGACAAGCUCUGCUCACAGAAGCGUGACGUGUCCUCAGAGGAGAAGGAGAAGUUUCCGUACGACAUCGUGAAGAUGGCGCUGCCGCCUGAAGCCCAGCUGGCCGCUGACGCUGAGGAGCUCGGGGAGCACGAUGACACGCCCUCAGCUGAUGACCUCGUGGAGGCGUCGGCCAAUCAGCAUCUAGAUAAAUCUCCCAGUGCAGCACUGCGUGUUCAGGAAGCCAUCCUGAAGGAACUGACCAAUGAGGACGUGCACAAGGUGACCUGCUACGACCAGGAUGUGGUGGGGGAGAUGGAGGCGGAGCCUAAAGACCUGGGGGAGGGGAAUCACGCCACGCAGACGCUCACCUUCACAGACAGCCUGGGGGGGGAGGUGAAGGACGAGCAGCCGCCCGGUUGGUCCACUGCCACCACAGACAUGAAGUUUGAAUACCUGAUGUACGGACACCGAGAGCAGCUCGCCUGCCAGGUGUGUGGCAAGACCUUCCUGGACGAGAGCAGACUCAGGAAACAUGAGAAGCUUCACUCUGCAGAGCGACCAUUCGUCUGUGAGAUCUGCACCAAAGCUUUCACCACCCAGGCUCACCUGAAAGAACACCUGAAGAUCCACACAGGCUACAAACCGUAUAGGUGCGACGUUUGUGGGAAAUCGUUUAUUCGAGCACCGGACCUGAAGAAACAUGAGCGAGUUCACAGCAACGAGAGGCCGUUCGCCUGCCAGAUGUGUGACAAGGCCUUUAAACACAAGUCUCACCUGAAGGAUCACGAGAGGAGACACAGAGGAGAGAAACCCUUCGUCUGUCACUCCUGCACCAAGGCCUUCGCCAAGGCGUCAGAUCUGAAGCGUCACGAGAACAACAUGCACAGUGAGAGGAAACAGCUGAACCCCCUGCAGAGCGACACUGAGACCCUGCAGGCUGCUGCCAUGGCUGCUGAGGAACAACAUCUGGAGAACAUCAGCUGCUCAUAGCAUCUGGAGAACAUCAGCUGCUGAGGAACAACAUCUGGAGAACAUCAGCUGCUCAUAGCAUCUGGAGAACAUCAGCUGCUGAGGAACAACACCUGGAGAACAUCAGCUCUUGAGGAACAACAUCUGGAGAACAUCAGCUGCUCAUAACAUCUGGAGAACAUCAGCUGCUCAUAACAUCUGGAGAACAUCAGCUGCUGAGGAACAACACCUGGAGAACAUCAGCUUUUGAGGAACAACAUCUGGAGAACAUCAGCUGCUGAGGAACAACAUCUGGAGAACAUCAGCUGCUCAUAACAUCUGGAGAACAUCAGCUGCUGAGGAACAACACCUGGAGAACAUCAGCUUUUGAGGAACAACAUCUGGAGAACAUCAGCUGCUGAGGAACAACAUCUGGAGAGCAUCAGCUGCUGAGGAACCACACCUGGAGAACAUCAGCUGCUCAUAGCAUCUGGAGAGCAUCAGCUGCUGAGGAACAACAUCUGGAGAACAUCAGCUGCUCAUAGCAUCUGGAGAACAUCAGCUGCUGAGGAACCACAUCUAGAGAACAUCUCUUGUAUAAUUAACAUUUUCACUGGUUUUCGUUUUAAGCAGUCGUUUCUUUUCUUUUUUUACCUGAACUUAUGACCUCAACGAUCAUGUGAAGAACAUGUGACUGACACGUGACGAACAUAUGAUGGACACGUGAUGAACAUGUCAUGAACAGGUGAUGGACACGUGAUGAACAUGUGAUGAACAUGUGACUGACACGUGACAGACACGUGACAAACAUGUGAUGGACACGUGAUGAACAUGUGAUGGACACGUGACGAACAUAUGGACACGUGAUGAACAUGUGACUGACACGUGACAGACACGUGACAAACAUGUGAUGGACACGUGAUGAACAUGUGAUGGACACGUGACGAACAUAUGGACACGUGAUGAACAUGUGACUGACACGUGGCGAACAUGUGACUGACACGUGAUGAACAUGGCCGCCAUGUGACUGAUACGUGACGAACAUGUGACUGACACUUGAUGAACAUGUGACUGACACUUGAUGAACAUGUGACUGACACUUGAUGAACAUGUGACUGACACUUGAUGAACAUGUGACUGACACUUGAUGAACAUGGCCGUGUCAUUUUUGUAUUUUUGUCUGAAGGUUUGUGUUGGUGUUUAUAAACUGCAGCUCGCUCAGUUUAAUGAGCAGAGCGACUCUGUUUUAA